AUGGUCAAAAUCGCUGAGUUCGCUGUCGAGCGCUGGAUGGAUGAUUAUGAGAAUGAUGCGAAAUAUAACCUGGCAGAGACUUGCUGCGCUUCAAUCUCACUUAACGACCUCCUUGCAUUUUCUCCCGACAAGCCGACCAAUCUGAUAGACUUUUCCAGAAAGCAAGUCUAUGGAGCCAUCCGCGGAUCAGAUGCUCUACGAUCCAACAUUGCUGCCAUAUAUAGCAUUGAAUCCACACCACUGCCGGCAGAUAAAGUCUUGGUGACAAACGGGGCAAUUCAGGCCAAUUUUUUGAGUCUGUAUACGAAUGUUGGACCAAGUGAUCAUGUCAUUUGUCAGUACCCAACGUACCAGCAGCUCUACGCCAUUCCAGAGUCCCUUGGCGCAGAUGUCAGCCUCUGGAGAUCCGAGGAGGAUGAAAGUUGGCGCUUGGACUUGGAUGAGCUUCGAGCGAUGAUCCGACCCAACACCAAACUCAUCAUCAUCAAGUACGUUCAAAUGGAGGUCCUGAACAGCAUCAGCCGAACUAAUCCAGAUAGUAAUCCUCAAAAUCCAACUGGCGCCGUACUGUCUCACAAAACUCUGCAAGAGAUUGUGAAUAUUGCUCGUGAGCACUCGAUUACCAUCCAUAGUGAUGAAGUGUACCGGCCUCUGUUCCAUUCUCUUGGUCCGGAUGAAGGUCCCAUUCCUUCGAUUCUAUCGUUCGGAUACGAGAACAGUAUUGUCACCGGAUCAAUGUCCAAAGCCUUUAGUAUGGCUGGAAUUCGACUUGGAUGGAUAGCGUCACACAGCUCCAAGAUAAUCAAUGCGUGCGCCAGUACGAGAGAUUAUACAACCAUCUCCGUGAGUCAGGUUGACGAUGAGAUUGCGACGUUUGCCCUUAGCAAUCAGGUCGUGAAUGGAAUUCUGAAACGCAACAUUGAGCUUGCUAGGAAGAAUAUUUCCCUGUUGGACAAGUUCAUUCAUGAUUUCCAGUGGGCUGCUAAGUGGAUCCGACCUAAAGCCGGCACAACGGCCUUUAUCAAAUUCCUCGGAAGGAAUGGGCGCCCGGUGGAUGCUGUGGAGCUUUGCAAGCGCCUACAAGAGAGUACUGGUGCUAUGCUUGUACCAGGAAGCCAGUGCUUUGGCGAUGGAGUUGAUUUCAAAGGGUUUGUUCGGUUUGGCUACGUGCCUGAACACCAAGUCAUGGUGGAUGGACUUGAGGCCCUGCGGAAGUUCAUGAUGGACGAAUAUGACAACGUGCCGACUGUUUGA